AUGAAUAUCUUCAGGCUGCUAGGCGAUUUCUCUCACCUGGCGUCGAUCUUCAUCCUUCUUCAGAAGAUGAAGUCCUCCAGCAGCUGUUCUGGAGUCUCCUUCAAAUCACAAUUGCUCUAUUUGCUGGUUUUCGUUACUCGCUACCUAGAUCUCUUCUGGACCUUUACGGACUCUCUGUAUCUCACCACUUUCAAGCUUCUUUUUAUCGGGUCAUCAGGUUAUAUCAUCUAUCUCAUGCUCAACGAUUACAAGCCAACGCACGACCCCAACCUUGACACAUUCAAGGUCCAGUAUCUCCUGGGUAUCAGUGCGAUCCUGGCUCUCCUCUUCCCACACAGAUACAGUUUUUCCGAGAUUCUCUGGACCUUCUCCAUCUGGUUGGAAUCAGUAGCUAUCUUGCCUCAACUGUUUAUGCUGCAGCGGACUGGUGAAGCAGACACAAUUACGACACACUAUUUGUUUGCCCUGGGUGCUUACCGGGCUCUCUACAUUCCCAACUGGAUAUACCGAUACUUCACCGAGGCCUCCUUCCAGCGAUCAUUCCAGCCUGUUCCCAUCCUUGCAGGCAUUAUUCAGACCUUGCUCUACUCGGACUUCUUCUACAUCUAUUACAACAAGGUACUGAAGGGAAAGAAAUUCUCACUGCCUGUUUGA